AUGAGGGUCAUCAUUCACGACAAUGCGGACGGCGCAUCCAAAUACGCCGCGAGAUACAUCAUCAACCGCAUCAAUACCUUUGGCUCCACUCCCGAGCGGCCCUUCGUGCUCGGACUUCCAACUGGCAGCAGUCCAGAAAUGAUCUACAAAUACCUUGUUCAAGCGCACAAGGCUGGCGAGAUCUCAUUCGCCAACGUCGUCACCUUCAACAUGGACGAAUAUGUGGGCUUGCCCGAGGACCACCCGGAAUCAUAUCACAGCUUCAUGUACAAGCACUUCUUUGCCCAUGUCGAUAUCAAUCCAGCCAAUGUCCACAUCCUCGACGGGAACGCCCCCGACCUCGCCGCCGAAUGUGCCGCUUACGAGAAGAAGAUUGUCCAAGCUGGUGGGAUUGAUCUGUUCCUGGGUGGCAUUGGCCCAGACGGACAUAUUGCGUUCAACGAGCCUGGUUCUUCUCUGCGAUCACGGACGAGGGUCAAAACCUUGUCCGAAGACACAAUUCGUGCCAAUUCAAGAUUCUUUGGAGGUGAUCUGGGCCAGGUUCCUAAACAGGCAUUGACUGUCGGCGUUCAGACCGUCAUGGAUGCCAGAGAAGUAUUGGUGAUCGUGAUCGGUGCGAAUAAGGCGGUGGCACUGGCCAAAACUAUUGAGGGAAGUGUGAGCCAAAUGUGGACGGCCAGUGCCCUUCAAAUGCACGAACAAGCCAUGAUCGUCUGCGACGAUGCUGCCACAGAUGAGAUGCUCGUGAAGACUGUCAAGUAUUUCAAGAGCGUCGAACACGUCUCCUCCGAAGAAGAAACCGCCAGAGCGACACCCCGGCAACGAUCGCAUACUAAAUUGGAAAAUUGGCGCGGCGCCUUGAAAGAGUUGAGAAUUGACACUGAAAAGAAAGACCAACUGGACCAGGAUGAUGGCGAAUUGACCCCAGACAGCAUGUCCUCGAGACUGGUGGAUUCUGCAAUUGCCAUGAAUGACAAGAAUAUUGACGACUUUGUAUUUGAUAGGAUGAGUUCAAGAGUCUCGACCUUUGCAGCGUAA